CUGCCCGCCUUUAAUUUCGUCCUCCAAUCAAAUUUAAAGAAAAAUGCAAAUCCAGUGAAGUAGCCAAGGGACACACACUCGGUUUGUUUCUACUAACACCACCCUCUCUCUAUAUAAGCCCACGCACAUUGUGCUUGUGCCAAAGCAGUCCAAACACGCAACGCAACACUCGCCUUCCCCUCCCAACCCUCCGAACCGAAGCAGCAAAGCUAGACGAUGACGCUGACGAUCCCGGACGAGGUGCGCGCCAAGGCGGAGGUGUACGUGGGCGACGCGGCGGGGCAGGAGAAGACGCGGCUGCUCCUCCAGGAGACGGGCCUCCCGAGCGGGCUGCUCCCGCUGCGGGACAUCAUCGAGUGCGGCUACGUGGAGGAGACGGGCUUCGUGUGGCUCCGGCAGCGCCGCAAGGUGGACCACUACUUCGCCAAGGCCGGCCGCCACGUGUCCUACGGCGCCGAGGUGUCGGCGGUGGCCGACAAGGGCCGGCUCAAGAAGAUCACGGGCGUCAAGGCCAAGGAGAUGCUGCUGUGGGUCACCCUCCACGAGAUCUGCGUCGACGACCCGCCCACGGGUAAGCUCCACUGCAAGGCCAUCGGCGGCCUGUCCCGCAGCUUCCCCGUCGAGGCCUUCGAGGCCGAGGAGCCGGCGCCGCCCGGAGCCGGCGGUGUCGUUCCCAGGGACGCGGAGGAGGAGGAGGAGGUGGAGAAGGAGGAGGGGGAGGGGGACAAGAACCCGGAGCAGGAAGCGGCGGCCGAGAAAGACGGCGACGCCCCCGCUGCCGCUCCAGCCCCUGAGGAAGCAGAGAGCAAGGCCGAGGAGAAGGCCGACAAGGAGGUGAGCUCGGCCGAUCCGGCGGUGGUGCACGCCGAGGCGCUGGCCGCCAAGAACUGAUCAUCGCGGACGAUCCAUAUGGGAUGCAUCCAGCAGCCGUACGUGCACGGCGUACCUACCUACCCACCGGGCCAUGCCCAUUAUUACUAUUUACUACGUACUACUGUGUCGUCUCGUCUGUCGCAUUAUAUUCCUUAUUAUUAUUCACAGCAACCACAUCGUCGAGACCAACCAACUCAAGGGAAGCACAAACCUCCAAUUCCAUUCAGAAUAAUCAUCCACGCAUCAUGCUAUAUAUGUACCCUCUUUUAUUUUUUUCUCUCUCUUUUAAACUUGCUGCUGUUAUUUGUUAUUUGAAUUAAAGUUACGUAUACCGUAUACGUACGUCAAAGAGUACGAUCA